UGGGGCGUAGCCUUAGGGAAUUAUAGUUUGUGGCGCAGCAAGAAAUUGGAUCUGUACUGCGCGGAUGAAUUUUUCGCGGGUCUGCGCUGAAGUGAAGGGGCCUUAGUUCAGUGACAGAGACGAGCGGCGGCGCAACUUUUCCUCACCUGUUGACUCGCGUUAGAAUAAAGGGAGCCUGUUUGUCUUGGACAAGGAGAUAAAAAUGUCAGGAAGAGCUAGAGCAAGAGCUCGAGGCAGAGCCCGUGGUCAGGAACCACCAGCACCUGGAAAGGAGCCUCAACCUGGAUAUACACAAAAGACAUCAACAGAAGAGCAAGCAGAACCAGAGAUUGUUGGGCGUGGACGUCAGAAGAGAGCCUCUGUUGCUCACUCAACUCCAGUGACACAGGCAGGAGACCUGCAGAUAUCAGCAGGAUUUCAAGAAAUAUCUCUUGGGGAUCGUGGUGGACGUAGACGUGAUUUUCAUGACCUUGGUAUAAAUACUCGUCAAGCAAUAGAACACGUCAAAGAGUCAAAAACAGGUUCUUCUGGAAGCAUAAUUCAGCUAAGUACAAACCAUAUAAAACUUAUCUCUAGACCUCAGUGGGUAUUAUUCCAAUAUCAUAUUGACUAUGCCCCACAGAUGGAAUCUAGGGGAUUGCGCUGUGCUUUACUCUUUCAGCAUGAGGAACUUAUUGGAAAAGCACGUGCUUUUGAUGGAACAAUGUUAUUUUUACCUAAAAGACUUGAUAAGGUUAAUGAGGUUUUUAGUCAAACCCGCAAUGGUGAGACAGUGAAGAUCACUAUUACUUUAACAAACGAGUUACCACCUACUUCACCAACGUGCUUCCAGUUCUACAACAUCAUUUUUCGAAGACUUCUGAAGAUGAUGAAUAUGAAGCAGAUUGGACGUAAUUACUACAAUCCUAAUGAUCAGAUAGAAAUUAGUUCACAUGGCCUUACUAUAUAUCCAGGGUUUUCCACUUCAAUUCUGCAAUAUGAAAACAACAUAAUGUUAAGCAUAGAUGUGAGCCACAAAGUUUUAAGAAGCGAAACAGUUCUGGAUUACAUGUACAAUGUGAACCAAAAAGUGGAGUCACAUAAAUUCCAUGAUAUCUGCAGCAAAGACCUGAUUGGACAAAUUGUUCUUACAAAGUACAACAAUAAGACUUACCGGAUUGAUGAUAUCAACUGGGAUUUUACUCCAGAGUCUACAUUUAAGAAAUCAGAUGGUUCAGAAAUAAGCUUUGUUGAUUACUAUAGAACACAAUAUAAUAAAGGAAUCACAGACUUAAACCAGCCUGCUCUUGUUCAUAAUCCAAAAAAACCCAGGGGUCCACAGAAUGUUCCAGCAGGACCAAUUCUCUUGAUACCAGAAUUUUGUUUCCUAACAGGUUUAACUGAUCGAAUGAGGAGUGAUUUUAAUGUAAUGAAGGACCUAGCAAUUCAUACCAGACUGGCACCAGAGCAAAGAGAAAUACAAGUUGGAAAAUUUCUAAAGAAUAUUCACAAGGAUGAUAGUGUGCAGAAAGAGCUUCAGGAUUGGGGCUUAAACUUUGACUCAAAACUUUUGCCUUUUGCUGGCAGAGUAGCUCCAGCAGAGAAGAUUUUGCAGGCUGGAAAAACAGCUGACUACAAUCCUCAGUUUGCUGACUGGUCAAGAGAAUUACGAGGACCGACACUAAUCCGUGUGAAACAUUUGGAUAAUUGGGUAUUGUUAUACACACGCAGAAACUAUGAUGCUGCCAAUACUUUGACACAAAAUCUGUUCAAAGUGUCAGGUCAAAUGGGAAUCAAGAUGAAUAGAGCAGUAAUGGUGGAAGUAGAUGACACUACAGAUGCAUAUGUAAAAGUUUUGCAGCAAAAGGUAACACCUGAUGUACAGAUGGUAGUUUGUCUUCUCUCUAGUAAUCGGAAGGAUAAAUAUGAUGCUAUAAAAAAAUACCUGUGCAUUGACUGCCCAGUUCCAAGUCAAUGCGUGUUAGCAAAGACUUUAAAUAAACCACAGACCGUUGUUUCAGUUGCAACAAAAAUUGCAUUACAGAUGAACUGCAAGAUGGGGGGAGAGUUAUGGACUGUUGAAAUACCUCUGAAGGAAUUGAUGAUUGUUGGCAUUGAUUGUUAUCACGACACAUUAUCAGGAAAAAGAUCUAUUGGGGCAUUUGUUGCCAGUUUAAACCCAAGCAUGACACGGUGGUUUUCUCGUUGUGUUCUCCAGGCACAGAAACAAGAGAUUGUUGAUGGUCUCAAAGUCUGCAUGCAUGCUGCCCUAAAAGCCUGGUUUAAUUGCAACAAAAGUCUGCCUUCCCGUAUAAUAAUCUACCGAGAUGGAGUAGGAGAUGGUCAGUUGAAAACAAUGGUCGAAUACGAAAUACCACAGCUCCAGGAUUGUAUAAGGUCUGCUGAAAAAGAUUACAGCCCAAAACUAACUGUUAUUGUCGUAAAAAAACGAGUCAGUGCUAGAUUCUUUGCACAUGUUGGUGGUAGACUUCAGAACCCUCCUCCAGGCACCAUUGUUGAUGUGGAAAUCACGAGACCAGAAUGGUAUGACUUCUUCAUAAUCAGCCAGUCUGUAAGAGUAGGUUCUGUGUCGCCAACUCACUACAACGUUGUGUAUGACAGCGGCGCAUUGAAACCAGAUCAUAUGCAAAGACUGACUUACAAGCUUUGCCAUCUGUACUACAACUGGCCAGGUGUAAUCAGAGUGCCAGCUCCUUGUCAGUAUGCCCAUAAAUUAGCAUUUUUGGUUGGUCAGAGCAUCCACAGAGAACCACAUCUUACACUUUCGGAUCGCCUAUAUUAUCUCUAAGUUUUUUGGGGAACGGCCAAUUGAGUUUUCUGCCGCUUCAGUCUAAAAGUACUCUACUUAAUUUAGUUAGUUUAAAUUUGUGUACCAGGAGUUAAUUUACUGUUAAUCUGAAAAAGCAUUGUUAAUUGGAUAAAACCUACCUUUAUUUUCCAUAUUGUAACCAAUUAAAAAAAAAAGGAUUUUCUUUGGAUAUUUAGCUUACAUUCCAGUAGGUUACUGCUCUAUAAAGUAUAUCUGUUCUAUUACUUGACACUUUUGUAUUUUCAAAGCAAAAUUGAGCCUAACACUAUGUAACAUUUCAUCCAUUUCAGUUAUCAGACCUGCUGAGAGGUUAUCAGCAUGAUGAACUGACAAUAUACCAGUUAUCUUACUUUUUCUAAACAGCAUUGUUCAAGCAUUACUAGAAGAGUAAAUACAACAUAAGCUGAAACUAAUUUUAUUUACAAAGUUAGUCGCCUUCAAUUAUUCAUAACAACACUAUUCAAUAUAUAAUGGUUGGAUUAGAGUUGGAUAUAAUUUAAAUAUUGUUCACUCACCUUAGCAUGGAUUUGAAAUCCCAUCUAUGGUUUCAAAAAAAUGAAACCAUAAGCAUCUUAAGUUGGUGCAUUCAGAUGAGAAAUAAUAUUUAUUUAGAAAGCAAUCAUUGUAAUAAUGGAUGUUUGGUUUGGGUAUCACAUGGUAAAUUUGGUUCAAACCCAAAUAGUUUAGCCCAGUGGGCCCUUCCUCUUUUGGUAGAACUUCAGUCUAGGUUGGUAUUGGUUCAUUGAAUGUGACAGCCAGACUAAAAGAAAUACUGCCACUUAAACAAGAAAAGCCAAUAUAAUAGCAAUAAAAUAGGCAAACACAGUGCUUGAGGGUUUUAAACAUGCAGAGUGUUGUGGCUAACAAAUCUCCAGAAAGUAAAUAUGUAUUCAUGCCAUGCAGCCUAAAAAAAAUGUCCAAAUUGGGACACUCUAGCUGUAGCAACAGGACAUUCAUGAACAAACAUGGGGCCAUAUAUUACUUUUAAGUUAAUGUUGUUUCUGUGACUAUAUAUGCUAAAACAUUUUAAUCACUGAACUAAGCUUGGAAAUGUGUGGAGAAAAAUAAAACUACAUAAGUAUUGAUCUCUAAAUAAUUAUUGGAGGCUCAUUGUAGACAUUUAAAUAUACAGUAUCAUUCAAAGGCAUUUGGUAAGGAUUUAAUUAGGUAAUAUAAGACAAAAUGUUUGGUUUAAGUAUUGUAUGUCUAAGCCUGGAAACAUGCUUUUUAGACAGCUGAUUUAUGUUUAGGAGUUUGCAAACUCAUAUGGUUUUAAGAUCCCAUUUACUUACAGGCGAAAACACAUAUGUAUAUCUGUUUUCACUAGUGAUUACUAUUGUAAAAGUUAUUUUUGUUAAUGUCAAAACUACUAUUACAGGUGCACACUUAAUUGUGUAUUAAUUGCAUUUAUAUGAAAAUGGUUACAAUAAAGUUUGGAUUCUAAUAUCAUUA